UAAGCAGAAUUGAUCAGUAUGAGAAACCAUCCUGUUCAUGCACAGUACAUUCAAUGUACAUGUGUGGUUUUUUGAGGAAUGGCCUCUUUGGACCUACCCUACCGCUGUCCACGAUGUGGUGAACACAAGCGUUUUCGAAGUCUGUCUUCAUUGCGAGCCCAUCUGGAAUAUAAUCACACAUACGAGACACUUUACGUGCUUUCUAAGUCUAACAGUGUUUGUGAUGCCAGUGUUGUGUCUUCAGGAGUUGACAAGGGUAAAGAACAAAGAUAUUUGUAUGACUUACAGUGUGGGGAGGAUUUACCACUUGGUUCCACCUGUUACUUCCCUGAGGUUGAGGUUCCAGUUAACGAUAUACUCAUGAGGAAGGCAGUGACAUCUGCUGCUCCUCCGGCUGCUCUAGCUGCAGCAGCAGUGGAUGCUGUUUAUGAGGAAGGCCUGGCUCGAUUAAAGAUUCAAGCGCUUGAGAAACUUGACUUAAAUGAACGUCUAGAGAAGCUGUCAGAGGAAGUGGAGCAGAAAAUCACAGCUCGAGUAGACAAACUUCAGACAGAACUUGAGAAAAAGAGUUCUGAGUUGGAGAAAGCCAAACAGGAAAGUGUGAAGUUGAGUCAAGAAAAGCAGGACCUUGAAGAAAAGGCCUCUGAGUUAUCACGCCAGGUCGAUGUGAGUGUCGAGAUGCUGGCUACAUUGAAACAAGAUCUGGUGCAGAAGGACCAAGAACUUGCCAGGAAACAACAGGAAGUGUCACAGAUUGAUCAGUUCUUACAAGAAACAGCAGCACGUGAAGCAAAUGCAAAAGUUCGCCUGCAGCAAUUUAUAGAGGAACUUCUGGACAGAGCAGACAGGGCUGAAAAGCAGCUAAUGGUGAUCAGUAGUUGUGGUACGACACCUAAUGGCAGUCUGGGAAGGAGCAGCAACCCUGGGGCAAGAACUAGCAGAGAACAGGGUGAAAGACCUGUACCCCCAGUGGGAAUUACCCGAGGGAAUGUGGCUGCAUCUGAGCAGCAGUCGUUACCAAAUGUCAGACCAAAGCCAGUAACACAUGUGUCACGAUGCUAUGACAGUGACAGUUUUACGCCAUCUGUAGAUAUGCAGCACAUUGAACAAAGUCCAGAGAGGAUGUAUUAUCAUAAACAAAACCGCAACUCGGAGAGUAGAUGCAUCAGGGAUCCCAUGUCCCGAAGUUCAGCACUACGGAGGCAAGCUGUUGAAAAUUGGCACCGUAGGCCACAUCGUAACAGCACAGAGGGAGAAGAAGGUGAUGUGUCAGAUGCAGGAUCUAGAACAACAGAAUCUGAGGCAGAAAUAUGGGAACCAGAAAGUAAAUGUUCAGCAGAGGUACAGAAAUUUGGAUCAAAUCGUGCCAAGGCUUACCGACUGGAGACUGUUAGGUCUGAAGUUAGUUACAAAGCAACUAAGCUACAGAAGGGCAGCCCUUCACGAUCAAAUGAAGUUAUCAGCCCUGAGGUUCUAAAGAUGCGAGCAGCAUUAUUUUGUAUUUUCACCUACUUGGACACAAAGACAUUGCUGAAAACAGCUGAGGUCUGUCGAGACUGGAAGUAUGUGGCAAGGCAUCCAGCAGUUUGGACCAGAGUUCUGUUGGAAAAUGCUCGAGUAUCCUCCAAGUUUAUGUUGACCCUAUCCCAAUGGUGUACACAGACACACUCCCUCACUCUGCAAGGCAUUAAACCUCGUCCAAAAGGGAAGAAGGAAAGUAAAGAGGAAUAUCUUAAAAGCACACAUGGCUGUCUGGAGACUGGACUGGAAUCCCUGCUGAAGGCUGCUGGCAGUAAUCUUCUAAUCCUGAAGGUAUCCCAUUGUCCAAACAUCCUGACUGACCGUUCUCUCUGGUUGGCAAGCUGUUACUGCCGUGCACUACAAGCAGUAACUUACAGGAGUUCAACAGAUCCAGUUGGCCAUGAAGUGAUCUGGGCUUUGGGAGCUGGGUGUAGAGACAUCAUCUCUCUGCAAGUUGCACCAUUACAUCCAUGCCAUCAGCCAACUCGAUUUAACAACCGCAGUCUCCAGAUGAUCGGGCGUUGUUGGCCACACUUACGAGCACUGGGAGUUGGUGGUGCAGGUUGUGGACUACAGGGGCUAGCCUCUUUGGCUCGGAACUGCAUUCGAUUACAAGUUCUAGAACUUGAUCAUGUGACUGAAAUAAACCAGGAAGUAGCAGCAGAAGUUUGUCGGGAGGGAUUGAAGGGAUUAGAAAUGCUGGUCCUGACAUCAACCCCUGUCACACCGAAAGCUCUACUGCAUUUUAACAGUGUCUGUCGCAGUUUAAAAUCGAUUGUAGUGCACAUCAGUAUCGUCGAUUAUUUUGAGGAUCCUGACAGCCCAGAAGCUCGAAGGUUAUUUGAGGAAAUGGUCAAUAAACUUCAGACCAGGCGUGCAGCAUUCAAGUCGGACAACCCUGACCUGGACAGAAAAACCAGACAUGAUCUCCGCAAAGCCAUCAGAGAUGCCAAGAAGCAGUACCGAGCCAAGUUAGAGGCCCAAACCAACAUGGGCUGA